AUGUCAGGUCAACCUUUGCUAUUGAACUCAGAAUUCUUCUUUUUCUGUUUGUUCAGUGGCGUUGCUAAGGCAUGGACUCAGGCGUAUUUUGGGGAAGGAUCUGGCCCCAUAAUGUUGGAUGAAGUGCGCUGCACCGGGAAUGAGCUUUCCAUUGAGCAGUGUCCCAAGAGUUCCUGGGGAGAGCAUAACUGUGGCCAUAGAGAAGAUGCUGGAGUGUCCUGUGCACCUCUGAUAGACGGGGCCAUCAGACUUGCAGGUGGGCGGGGCAGCCAUGAGGGCCGCCUGGAGGUGCACUACCAGGGGCAGUGGGGCAGCAUCUGUGAUGACGGCUGGACCCAGCCCAACACCCGCGUGGCCUGCCGGCAGCUGGGAUUCGCGUAUGGCAGACCAGCCCCUGCCCACCAUUUUGAAGCCAGCACAGGGCCCAUCUGGCUGGACGACGUCCACUGCUCGGGAAGGGAAGCCAGCUUCCUCCAGUGUUCCAGGGGCCCGUGGGGCCGGCGAUGCAGUCACAGGGAGGACGUGGGCAUCACCUGCCACCUGGGCAGCAAGGGGCGUGGCCUGCACCUGGGUUUUCCUGUCAGACUGGUGGAUGGAGAAAAUGAGAAGGAAGGACGAGUGGAGGUCUACGUCCAUGGCCAGUGGGGGACAGUCUGUGACGAUGGCUGGACUGACGAGGAUGCGGCUGUGGUCUGCCGACAGUUGGGCCAUAAGGGUCCUGCCAGAGCAAGAACCCUGGCUUACUUUGGAGAAGGGAAGGGGCCCAUCCACAUGGACAACGUGAGGUGCACGGGCACAGAGAGGUCCUUGGCCGACUGUGUCAAGCGAGACUUCGGGAGACACAACUGUCGACAUGGCGAAGACGCAGGGGUCAUUUGUGAUUACUCUGGCACAAAGACCUCGGGCAGCAGUAGUACAGAGCCCCUCUCGGCUGUUUGUGGUCUGAGAUUGUUGCACCAUCGGCAGAAGCGCAUCAUUGGUGGAAAAAAUUCUUUAAGGGGUGGCUGGCCCUGGCAGGUUUCCCUCCGACUGAAGUCACCCCAUGGAGGUGGCAGGCUCCUGUGCGGGGCAACGCUUCUCAGCAGCUGCUGGGUCCUGACGGCCGCUCACUGCUUCAAGAGGUACGGCAACAGCUCCAGGAACUAUGCUGUUCGGGUUGGGGAUUAUCAUACUUUGGUGCUGGAGGAGUUUGAAGAAGAAAUUGGAGUGCAGCAAGUUGUGGUGCAUCAGCAGUACCGACCAGACAGCAGUGACCAUGACAUCGCCCUGGUCAGACUGCAAGGACCAGAGGAGCAGUGUGCCAGACUCAGCAGCCAUGUUCUGCCAGCCUGUUUGCCACUGCAGAGAGAGCGGCCACAGAAGACAGCCUCCAACUGCUACAUAACAGGCUGGGGAGACACAGGACGAGCCUAUUCAAGGACACUACAACAAGCAGCCAUCCCUGUACUUCCCAAGAGGUUUUGUGAAGAACGGUAUAAGGGCCGGUUUACAGGGAGAAUGCUCUGUGCUGGAAACCUCCAGGAACACAGACGUGUGGACAGCUGCCAGGGAGACAGCGGGGGACCACUCAUGUGCAAGAGGCCUGGAGAAAGCUGGGUUGUGUAUGGGGUGACUUCCUGGGGGUAUGGCUGUGGAAUCAAGGGCUCCCCUGGUGUUUACACCAAAGUCUCAGCCUUUGUACCUUGGAUAAAAAGCAUCACUAAACUGUGAUUCUGGAAACCUCAGAACAAAUAGUAUUAAAAGGAACUUAUGAAAAACUUUUAACCUCAACCUUUACCUGUAAACCAGAUGACAACUGUGAGGGUUUCAUGUUCCUUGAUAUUUGUUUGUAGAAACUGUGUACCUUUGCUGAUUUUGAGACUUUGUGAAGUUUUGAUUCAGAUACCUCAGUAUUAUCUUUAGCAUUGUUACCUACCCAAAUUUUACCAAAGUAAACUUUCUCUUAGCUUUUUUUUUUGGUAGCAGGUACUUAACUCAGGGAUGCUUAACCACUGAGCCACAUCCCUAGCCCUUUAUUUGAGACAAGUCUUGCUAAAUUGCUGAGGCUGGCCUUAAACUUGGCAUCCUCCUGCCUCAGCCUCUGGGAUUACAGACAUGUCUCACCACACCAGUGAGUAACUCUUAACAUUCUCUAGAUUAUUUUCAAUAAAGAUGUUUUACAUUUGCCUGGACUAAGUCCUUAUGAGUCAGCAUAAUGUAAGAAAUCAAAGUACCCACAUUUGAUCUUAAAGGUACCCUUUACUAGAAUGUCCAAUGAAGUGAUCUGCUACAAAGAUACUUUAUCUUUGUUAAGAACCAAGCAACAAACACAAGAGGAAAAAUGUUCUAUAUGUAAGCUACUAGCAAAUUAUGAAUUUUGGAUAACAUGAAAAAUGCUAGUUGAAUAUACAACUGAUUUACUGGAUAUGUUAACUCGCUCAAACAACCUUUAACAACCACAUCAGAUCUGUAAUUUAGUAAAUUGUUUCUCAGUAUUAGGCUCAAAGUUUUCUGGAUUGUGUUGGUAGAGUGCCACCUACUGGAACUUUCCCAAUAAUUGGCUUCACCUGUGGGUUUCAAAAUUCUGGUACAAUGCAACCUAUUAAAAUACACCAAUAAAAAUGCUUUUCCUACCUA